UAUUGUCUUCUCACUGCGUAGUCACGCUUCCAGCCAGAAUGGAGGGGCACAUCAUUACUCCAAGCACGGUCUCCAGCUGAGAUCCCAACAUCUCAUAUAAGGUUCGACGGCGUCAUCUGCUCGGUGGGGAAUCUGGAUUGGGCUUCGUGGUUGUGAUUGGCCGACAACUGAUACGAUUUGCGAUCAAGAUCGAGGCUCUCACCGCCGCUUUUUCCGCCCUUUCCAUCCGGCAGUAACCUUAGAUAGCUUCCUCCUGUACCACAAUUUCUAUCCUUUUACAUAGUAUCUAUCGAUCGAUCUAUGAAGCGCUACGUCGUCAGAUCAAAAGAAUAUGGAGUCUCAACCAACGGUCAAGUCAUUACAUAAUCGUAUCAAUGCCGAUAUCUCGCAGUUGCUGCAGCGGUUUGAGAAUAUCAUGGCCACGGCCACAGUAGAGAACACUAGCUACACAGCCACCUCCGUCGAGACAUAUCAGCUUGACGUCGAAUCCACGGCUCUAAUCCGCGCUGCGGAAGAUAUCCUCUCACUGACGCGUACGAUGAAAGAAACCUGGCUAUUCGGAAAGCUGGAUACGCUGGAAGAAGACGAGCGCGACAUUAAGCGGAGAGAGCAGUUAGAGAAGGAUGCGCUAGCAGUAAAGCAGGCUGUCGAGGAAGGUGGUUUGUUGAAGGUCGCGGAGUGAUUUCCUGAGUUUAGACUUGCUGGCGUCUUGGGUUCAGCUGGGCUGAAAAUGGAGCUAGGGCGUUUUGUGUUUAUCUCCCAGAACAGCUUUCUGGGAUAUUUCUAAGACUUAUAGCAGCAGUUAUUGAAAAGAUGUGCUAAUCAUCAAGGAACGACAAGGGUCGUAAUUCAUUCCCCGCAGCAGUCGUGAUAUCAAGAACAUGUUCAACACCUCGAUUGUUCGUUGAGAGAUCCCAGCCACAGUUGUUACAUGUCCAUUUCUUCUGGACAUGAUAAGGAAGUGGUACCAUUACCAGCAUCGAAGUAAACCACGGAGUGUUCUGCCGUAGACCGUUUCUAUAUCUUCACUAUUUGUCUCUUUCUGGCGCUUGCGAUUGGUCUUUUUGAAAAUUUCCCAAGUGAAAAGAAAUGCCGAUUCUCUCGUCUACCCACGAGGCUGGAACAUGGC